GGUGCCACCACUAAUUCCGCGUCUGGUCACACUUUUCGGUAAUUGUAAUAAAUAAAGGAAAGGCGGAGAUCUUUGUUAAAUUUUUAACAAAAUUAGAAGCCGCUUGCACACCUCCCGCAAUACUCACGAUACCGAACCGCCCGACAAAAAUGCCGCGAUAUAGGGAGUGGGACUUGGCCUGCAAGGUGUACGUGGGAAACCUGGGCUCAUCGGCGUCCAAGCACGAGAUCGAAGGCGCAUUUGCCAAAUAUGGACCCCUGCGAAACGUGUGGGUGGCCCGCAAUCCGCCCGGCUUCGCCUUCGUCGAGUUUGAGGAUCGCCGUGACGCAGAGGACGCAACGCGUGCCCUGGACGGAACACGCUGCUGCGGCACCAGGAUUCGCGUAGAGAUGUCUUCGGGUCGCUCGCGCGAUCGCCGGCGCGGAGAAGGCGGCAGUAGUGGACGCUCUGGUUCCGGCCGCUACAGGAUAACUCCUUCGGCUAGAACUACUUCCACUGCUACUUCUUCCUUCUACAACAUCAACAAUCUACAACAGCAACCAUCUUCACAGCCACAGCCAGCAACCUUCAACUUGCAACUCUAAAUUAACCAUGUUCAGCGUCACAGCCUCACAGAAGUUUUGAUUAGCAACCCAAAUGAUUUCAUCCUAGAAGAAGCAAUGCAGUCGCCCAAAGAGUUAUCUUUUAAAGUUAUCCUGCGUAUCCUUCAAAUAAUUGCUUACAAUUAUUUCUUUAAUUUAGUUGCCUAUAAUAUGAGAGUUCGUCCGCUUUCUCAAGUACUUGACUCUGAUGUCGUGAAAACUGGCCUUAAGCGCGUUUAACGCUGAUGAUCACAGCUACUAAAGACCAUUUUCUUAUUGCAUAUUUAUCCGACAAAGUAGAAAGCUUUAAACUCUAAAUAUAGGAUAUCAGUUGGUUCUAAAAGCAAAAGCAGCAAUAGCAAUAAUGCUCUUAUCUUAAUUGGUCCACAGCUUAAUUCAUAGAAACAAAACAGUUUGCACAGCUUUCAUUUGUGUUUCCCCUGGUAUUAGUUUAAGUAACAAUUAAGCAGUAUUUAACACAUCUAUUUUGCAGCACUUUGUAAGGCGCGUAUGUACAUACACUUCUUACCAUGCUAAGCUGAUUUAAUUAUUUUUUUUUUAACUUUAAAGUAAUCUUUUCUUCUUUACCAAU